UUUUAGCGGCUUCGCCAUCUUGUUUAUUUUCGUACUUUAGUACGUACUGUCGUGUUGGAGAGUGAAAAAAACGGAUUUGGAAAUAAUUGGCGCAGUUGCCAUCUUGGAUUUAAAAAUUAUAACGUUACAGUUAGUUCGAUCUUGGAUGGUUUCCCCUUCUUGGGGAGUUUACAUCCGCAGACAUUGGGGGAAUAGUGAGGAAACACGUGAAAGUGACCGUGCCUGGAAAGAAUUUAGUGGUGGAUGGGAAGGAAAAAGUGGUCACUCAGUCGAAAAUUAAGAAAGGAAAGCAAACUUUUAAUAAUCUUGAAAUGAAUCAUAUUUCAAAUUCAAUGAAUGACAAAGAGAAUCAGCACUCUGAAACAGAAGAAAUGGAUACCAGAGAAGAUGAAAACAUCCAACCUCCUACAGACAAAGGAGGAGGAGAGGUUAAAGUUUAUAAUGGAGAUGGUACCUCUACCACUCAGGAGGAAACAAUGGAAGAAGAAGAUGAGGCUAGGUCAGAAGCAGUCUUUAGAUUUGUUGUUCCAAGCUUCAGUAGACUCAAGGAACAACUUCUAAGUGCACCCACAUAUGUGAGGAACUUACCAUGGAAGAUUAUGGUAAUGCCUCGUACUAACCAAGGUCAAGACAGACAACCAACAAAAAGUGUUGGUUUCUUUCUCCAGUGUAAUGGUGAAUCUGAAUCAUCAACCUGGUCGUGUAAUGCAUCAGCAGAGCUUCGGCUUAUCAGCCAAAAGGAUGGUGUGGAACAUUUUACUAGAAAAAUUCAGCAUUUGUUUUACAGCAAAGAAAAUGACUGGGGUUUUAGCCAUUUUAUGGCAUGGAAUGAUGUUCUUGAUCCAGAAAAGGGGUUUAUCAAAGAUGACACCAUUAUACUUGAAGUCUGGGUCUGUGCUGAUGCUCCCCAUGGAGUCAGCUGGGAUUCUAAGAAACAUACAGGUUAUGUAGGUCUGAAGAACCAGGGAGCAACCUGCUAUAUGAAUUCACUCUUACAAACGCUGUUCUUCACCAACCAGCUAAGAAAGGCUGUCUACCAAAUGCCUACAGAAAGUGAUGAUUCUUCAAAAAGUGUAGCCUUGGCUCUCCAAAGGGUGUUCUAUGAACUUCAAUUUUCAGACAAGCCAGUAGGAACAAAAAAACUAACCAAGUCGUUUGGGUGGGAAACACUAGAUUCUUUCAUGCAGCAUGAUGUCCAAGAAUUAUGUCGAGUGCUCCUGGAUAACAUGGAAAGUAAGAUGAAGGGAACUUGUGUUGAAGGAACCAUUCCCCGGUUGUUUGAAGGAAAAAUGAUUUCUUUCAUCAGGUGUAAGCACGUAGACUAUACAUCUAGUAGAGAGGAGCCUUUCUACGACAUUCAGAUGAAUGUGAAGGGCAAGAAAACAAUAAAUAAAUCCUUCAAGGAUUAUGUAGCUGUGGAAACACUUGAUGGAGAAAAUAAGUAUGAUGCAGGAGAAUAUGGGCUGCAGGAGGCAGAGAAGGGGAUUAUUUUUGCUUCUUUUCCUCCUGUUCUUCACCUCCACCUUUUGAGGUUUCAGUAUGAUCCUUUAACGGAUACAAACAUUAAAAUCAAUGAUAGGUUUGAAUUUCCAGAGAAGUUGAGUUUAGAUGAGUUUUUACAAAAACCUGAGACAACUCCUGCUACGUAUACUCUUCAUGCUGUGUUAGUACAUAGUGGAGACAACCAUGGUGGGCACUAUGUUGUUUUCAUCAACCCUAAAGGGGAUGGAAAGUGGUGCAAAUUUGAUGAUGAUGUUGUCUCACGGUGCACUAAACAGGAAGCUAUUGACCACAAUUUUGGUGGUCAUGAAGAUGAUAUUACAGUCAAGCAUUGUACAAAUGCUUACAUGUUGGUGUACAUCAGGGAUAGCAUAAUUCCUGAAGUCCUACAACCGGUGGCAGAAAAUGACAUCCCGGAGCAGUUGGUUGAGAGACUUCAAGAAGAAAAGAGACAAGAAGCACAGAGGAGAAAGGAAAGAAAUGAAGCUCAUCUGUACAUGAAUGUCCAGGUUCUUACUGAAGAUAGCUUUAAUGGUCAUCAAGGAAAUGAUCUGUUUGACUCGGAAAGAACAAGCUAUAGGACUUUCAAAGUGAAGAAAGUAGCUACGUUAAAAGGUUUAAUGGAAACUCUAUCUGAACAAAUGAAUUAUCCCAUCAAUAUGAUAAGGCCGUGGCCUAUGACACUGCGGACGAACCAAACAUACAGACCAGCAGCAGUAGAUCUAGAGACAGACAUCAACAAGCCUAUUAUAGACAUAGCAGAUAAUGCUAACCCUUGGAUGUUGUUUCUUGAGACUGUGGACCCUGACUCAGGAGCUGACUGUCUGCCAGAAUUUGACAAAGAAAGUGAUGUACUGUUGUUUUUUAAAUUAUAUGACCCAAGAAACAAAAGAAUUUCCUAUUGUGGACACAUGUACAUGCCAAUUACAGCCAAAGCAAAGGAGCUAGUUUCAGAGCUGAAUCAUAGGGCAGGAUUUCCUCUAGAUACUGAGCUCAUGUUAUAUGAGGAAGUUAAACCAAACAUGGUGGAGAAGAUUGAGGACUUGGACCUUCCCUUGGAGAAUGUCUUGGAAGAAUUGAUGGAUGGAGACAUUAUAGUCUUUCAGCGAUCAGACAUAAAUCCUGAUGAAUUAGAACUACCAACAGUUAAAGAUUACUUUAGAGAUUUGUUCUACCGGGUAGAAGUGACUUUCUGUGAUAAAACCAUUCCCAACGAUCCUGGUUUCACAAUGGAGCUUUCACUCAAAAUGAACUAUGAUCAGAUGGCCAAUGCCGUUGCCCAGAGAUUAGAAACAGAUCCUUAUUUAUUACAGUUCUUCAAGGCUCAGAGCUACAGAGAUGGGCCUGGGAAUGCACUCCGCUGUACAUAUGAAGGGACCUUGAAGGAUCUCCUUGUCACCUUUAAACCUCGACAACCUAAGAAGAUAUAUUAUCAACAGCUUAGUAUCAAGAUCAAUGAAUUGGAAAAUAAAAAACAGUUCAAAUGUGUGUGGGUUAACAGUAAGUUAAAAGAAGAGACUGAGCUGGUUCUCUAUCCUAACAAAAAUGGUUGUGUUGCUGACCUACUAGAUGAAGCAAAGAAAAUGGUGGAUCUAUCAGAUGACGGGUCUGGUAAACUAAGGUUGUUAGAAGUUAUCAGCUACAAGAUCUUUCUUAUCCAACGUGAAGAUGUCCAAUUGGAAUGUCUGAAUCCUGCUGGUACCAAAACGUACAGAAUAGAAGAAAUUCCAAAAGAUGAACUUCACCUUGAAGACGAUGAACUUUUAGUUCCAUGUGCACAUUUUCACAAAGAAGUCUUUUCAACAUUUGGAGUUCCCUUUCUUUUAAGAAUAAAGCAUAAAGAACCAUUCACUAAGGUACGAGAAAGAAUACAGAAGAAAUUAGACAUACCAGAUAAAGAGUUUGAAAAGUAUAAAUUUGCUAUUGUGGUGAUGGGUCAGCCUCAGUACAUCAACGAAGAUGCUGAGUACCUUGUCAAUCUUCAAGAUUUCCUGCCACACCCACCACAAGGUAGUUCACUUCCACCUAAGCCUUGGUUAGGAUUGGAACAUAUAAACAAAGCCCCGAAGAGGUCUCGCUGUAAUUAUCUUGAAAAAGCCAUCAAGAUCCAUAACUAAAUUGGAGAGUAUUAUACCCAGCUUCUGCUUGUGGUCCUCAAGAUCUGUCUCUCCCAACAUCCAGGCCUGGUUUUGUGAGUACAGGGGAAGGGUUAACUUAUAUUUGUAGUUUUGUACCUGACUCCUAGGCUGCUGGAACAAUCCCACUAACCAAGAAUUCCCAGCUCCGUGAUCAGGGGCAUCCAGAUUUAAUUAGCUUCAUUCCAGGUCAACCCAUCCAAUUGUUUUUUGUUUUUUUUUUGCAAGCUGUUAGUAUCCUUUCAAAUACGAGGACUAUGUUUUUAGGAUGGAGGAUGAUGGACUUAAAAGAGGCAAGGCUAGUAGGACCAGUCUUGUACAGUGGAAUCACUCUGUGCUCUAAUCUGUGGAAAUCAUUUUAAAGUUAGUGACUAUUGUAUGAAAAUUUUGAAAAUAAAAAAUUCAUCUUGUAAAUUGUCA